CUGCCAGCCCCUCCACCCAGCAUGGCCAUAGCAUGCCCACAGCCUUCCGGGUCCUCUCAGCAGCCUGAGGCUUGGAUGGGACCCACGGUGUGGCCAGAGGCUGCUAGCUAGGCCUGGGCUGGGCCCCCACACGGGGCAGGGCAGAGUUGGCUCUAGGACACAGGGUAAAGGCAAGAAACCCUGGGACCCAGAGAUACAGCACAGCCCCUCUGCUCAACCCACAGGCAGGUGCAGGCAGUGCAAGAAGCCAGUCGGGCCAGGGUCUGUGGGGCUCUGCCUUUCUGGGCAGCAGAAUGCCCUGCCUCCCUCCUGUGGGGUGUGAGUGGCAAGGAGCAGGGGGCCCAGUCCUACCCUACCCCCUCAGUGCCUCUGCAGCACUGCCUACCAGGUCCUCAGAGGCUAAAUUUGAGAUUUAAGCUGCACAUGGCCUCAGGGAGCUGGGAUGUCCCUGACCUUUGAGGCCAGUCCCCAGGGAGUUCCUGCAGGAUGGGAGAUCAGCGGGGUGGGGCCUAUGGGAGGCUCCACCCCCCUAUCCUGGCUGCUGCUCUGGGAGAACAGGAGACUCAUGGAGCUGGCCAGCCUGCCCUCCGUGCUGGGGUCCAGCUGGUCUGUGUCCCCCUUCCUGUGCCUGGCGGGGCUGUUCCCAACUUGGGUGGACAGCAGAAGUCUCAUGACGUGGCCACCCUUGCUUCCUGCGCUGUGGGUCCUGGUCCCCAUGCUAUGGGCAGCCCAGGAAGUGCCUGAAGGGGCGAUAAGGAGGCCCGGGCCACCAUCUUGUCACCAAGUCGUUCCUGGCUCCCCCAGGUCCUGAGUGUAUGGGGCUGGACACAUCCCUGUGCCAGACUCUUGGCUCUGCACCUGCACCCUGUCUUGGCUCUGAGCUCCACGGCCGUCUACUAGGGACAGGGUGUGGGACACUGAGGACUCAGCAGGGGUGGGGGACAGUCUCCAUCUGGGCUUGGACUAACAUCCUCCUGCGGUCCCACAGCUCAGCAAGAUGUCGGAGAAGGAGGGUGCCCAGCGCAAGUGGGCGGCACUGAAAGAGCGCCUGGGGCCGCAGGACUCGGACCCGACCGAGGCCAACCUGGAGAAUGCCGACCCCGAGCUGUGCAUCCGGCUGCUGCAGAUGCCCUCGGUGGUCAACUACUCGGGGCUGCGCAAGCGGCUGGAGAGCAGCGAUGGCCUCUGGAUGGUGCAGUUCCUGGAGCAGAGCGGCCUGGACCUGCUGCUGGAGGCCCUGGCACGCCUGUCAGGCCGCGGCGUGGCCCGCAUCGCUGAUGCUCUGCUACAGCUCACCUGUGUCAGCUGCGUGCGUGCCGUCAUGAACUCGCAGCAGGGCCUGCGGUACAUCCUCAGCAACCAGGCCUACGUGCGCCAGCUGUCCCAGGCCUUGGACACCUCCAACGUGAUGGUCAAGAAGCAGGUGUUUGAGUUGCUGGCCGCACUGUGCAUCUACUCCCCCGAGGGCCACGAGCUCACCUUAGACGCCCUGGACCACUACAAGGUCGUGUGCAACCAGCAGUACCGCUUCAGCGUCAUCAUGAGCGAGCUGUCGGACAGCGACAACGUGCCCUACGUGGCAACACUGCUCAGCGUGGUUAACGCCAUCAUCCUGGGCCCCGAGGACCUGCACACCCGUGCCCAGUUGCGAAACGAGUUCAUUGGGCUGCACCUGCUGGACGUUCUGACACGACUACGAGACCUGGAGGACGAGGACCUGCUGAUCCAACUGGAGGCCUUUGAGGAGGCGAGGGCCGAGGAUGAGGACGAGCUGCUGCGCCUGAGUGGCGGUGUGGACAUGAGCAGCCACCAGGAGGUGUUUGCCCACCUCUUCCACAAGGUGAGCAGCUCCCCGGCGUCCAGCCAGCUGCUGUCUAUGCUGCAAGGCCUCCUGCACUUGGAGCCCAGCCACCGCCCCAGCCAGGUGCUGUGGGAGGCCCUCGAGAGGCUCGUGACCCGGGCAGUGCUGCUGGCCAGUGAUGCUCAGGAGCGCAGCUCUGAGGAGGUGUUGGAGCGCCUACUGUCCACCAAGGGGCGACCUCAGCCGGGAGCCCUGGGCCGGGCCCACAAGAGCAUCCAGGCCAACCUGGAGGCCCAGCAGCCAGCAACAGCCCUGAGCUGCCCACCUGUGGCAUCACCAGUCCCAAGCUCCACUCCUGUGCCCCUGCCCCACCUCCCAGGUGCUGGGACCACUUGCCCCCCACCACCUCCUCCCCCGCCUCCUCUCCCAGGUCCUGGGACCACUUGCCCCCCACCACCUCCUCCCCCGCCUCCUCUCCCAGGUGCUGGGACCACUUGCCCCCCACCACCUCCUCCCCCGCCUCCUCUCCCAGGUCCUGGGACCACUUACCCCCCACCACCUCCUCCCCCGCCUCCUCUCCCAGGUGCUGGGACCACUUGCCCCCCACCACCUCCUCCCCCGCCUCCUCUCCCAGGUGCUGGGACCACUUGCCCCCCACCACCUCCUCCACUACCCGCUCUCCCAGGUGCUGGGACCACUUGCCCCCCACCACCUCCUCCACUACCCGCUCUCCCAGGUCCACCGCCCCCUCCACCAUUGCCAUCUAUGGGCUGCCCACCCCCACCCCCACUGCCUGGCCCCCCUGGAGUGGACAGGGUAGAAGAAGUCAUCGUGUCCCAGGUGGACCACGGCCUGGGCUCCGCCUGGGUCCCCAGCCACCGGCGUGUGCACCCGCCCACACUGCGCAUGAAGAAGCUGAACUGGCAAAAGCUGCCGUCCAGCGUAGCCCGAGAGCGCAAUUCCAUGUGGGCAACGCUGAGUGGCCCAGGCGUGGCCGUGGUGGAGCCCGACUUCCCCAGCAUCGAGCGGCUCUUCUCCUUCCCGACUGCCAAGCCCCAGGAACGACCAGCCGCCCCAGCCCGGAAGGAGCCCCGGGAGGUCACCUUUCUGGACUCCAGGAAGAGCCUGAACCUGAACAUUUUCCUGAAGCAGUUUAAGUGCUCCAACGAGGAGGUCGCAGCCCUGAUCCGGGCUGGGGACACCUCGCGGUUUGACACAGAGGUGCUCAAACAGCUCCUGAAACUACUCCCAGAGAAGCACGAGAUUGAAAAUCUGCGGACCUUCACUGAAGAGCAAAGCAAGCUGGCCAGUGCUGACCAGUUCUACCUGCUGCUUCUGGGCAUUCCCUGCUACCAGCUGCGGGUGGAGUGCAUGCUGCUGUGUGAAGGCACGGCUGUGCUGCUGGACAUCGUGCUGCCCAAGGCCCAGCUGGUGCUUGCCGCCUGCCAGAGCCUGCUCUCCAGCACCCAGCUGCCUGUCUUCUGCCAGCUCAUCCUGAGUAUUGGGAACUUCCUCAACUACGGCAGCCACACAGGGGACGCAGACGGCUUCAAGAUCAACACCCUACUCAAGCUCACUGAGACCAAGUCCCAGCAGGGCCGAGUGACACUGCUGCACCAUGUGCUGGAGGAGGUGGAAAUGACCCAUCCGGAUCUUCUACAGCUACCACAGGACCUGGAGCAGCCGUCCGAAGCUGCAGGUAUAAAUCUGGAGGCCAUCCGCUCCGAGGCCAGCGCCAAUCUGAAGAAGCUGCGUGAGGCCGAGCACAAAGUAGCGGCCUCGGUGGCAGAGGUGCAGGAGCAGUACCUGGAGCGGCUGCAGGCCAGCCUCGCUGCCUCACAGGCGCUGGAGGACGUGUUCGACACCAUCGAGCGGCGGAAGCUGGAGCUGGCCGAGUACCUGUGUGAGGACCCCCAGCAGCUCUCCCUGGAGGACACCUUCGGCACCAUGAAGACCUUCCGGGAGCUCUUCCUGCGCGCGCUGAAGGAGAACAAGGCACGCAAGGAGCAGUUGGCCAGGGAGGAGGCACGCAGGCUGCGGGGCGAGGAGGCCAAGCCGGCCAGGAGAGGGCCGCCACAGCAGGAGGAGGUGUGUGUCAUCGACGCCCUGCUGGCAGACAUCAGGAAGGGCUUCCGGCUGCGCAAGACGGCUCGUGGCCGGGGUGACCCCGAGGCCAGCGGCAAGGCAGGCGCCACAGACGCCCCCAGGGCUGCAGCACCUGUGGCCACCAGUGACCCCACGCCUGGCCAUGUGUGCCCUGAGCCCCCAGGCUGGGACUUGGUGGACGCCCUGAGCUCCAGCCCCCAGCCCCCUGAGGAGGGCGGCCCCCAGCCCCAGGAGCGGCGCUCCUCUUGGUAUGUGGAUGCCAGCGACUUCCUGCCCACCAGAGACACCCAGAGUCCCCAGCCCCCCGAAGGGGCCUGGCCAGUGACUCUGGGAGACGCUCAAGGCCUGAAGCCCCUCGUCUUCAGUGAGAAGCUCCCCGGGGUGGAGAGCCCCGGGCAGGAAGCCCAGCACCAUGCAGGGUCGGGGGGCGACCAGGAGGCCGACAGCACGGGCCAGGGCCCGGGCCUCAGCGCUGGCCGCCCAGCCGCAGACAGCAGUGAGCCUGGGGAAGAGGAGGGCACGGCGCCGGAGUCCGCCCUGGACACAUCCCUGGACAAGUCCUUCUCCGAGGAAGCGGUGACAGACUCCUCGGGCUCAGGCCCCCACCCCCGAGCCCCAGGCCGAGCCCCAAAGGGGUCGGGCCGGAGGAAGAAACGGCGCCCUGCUCGGAGCCAGGAAGGACUCAGGCCCAAACCCAGAGCCAAGUAACAACAUGCGCUGCCAAGCAACGCCUGGGUCCAGGCUGGGACUGGCCCCCCGGAGCCCGACACCCAGGCCACCUCGGGGCAGCAUGGCCAGGACCCCCGAGCACCACCUGCACACACCUGGCCUCCGAGGCCUGCUUUGCACCCAGUGAGGUCCAUAGCUGUGGGGCUGGGGCCACGUGGUCAGCGCCCCCACCCCUGCCCUACCCAGGCCUGCCUCCUGCCAUGCUGCUGUUUAGUGCAACACAUUCCUGCCACUGGCAGACCCACACGCCCUUGGAUGGGAAGGGCUCUGCCUGCGGCCAGGAUGUGGCCACAUCACAGCGGCCCCUCCCUCCCUGGGGCAAGAGUAGCCUGUCCCGCCCCCAGCUGUGCCCUCAGUCCCAGUGCGUGCUGCCAGAACAAUAAAGCCAAGCCUGUGUCCAGGC